UGUGAAGAGAGGUUCACUGCUGAUCACAGAGCAGGCACUCAGAUGGGACAAGAAAAAGAAUGAUCAGAAGCAGUACAACUUGGGAAGAGUCAACACUAAGAUUUUCUAAUGAUUCCUAAUUAUUUUUACAUUUUUUUUUCUUCUGGCAGGACAAAAAGAUCAAUGAUUUUCUGUUGCACCCAGAUUUUGGCCCAAAGACUUUCUCUUUUUGUUUUCUUGAUCAGAUGAGGAAGCAAACAAUUCCUUCCCAUGCACUAUUGCACUUUAAUGCUCAGGUAUCACUCCUGAGUCUGAAGCUGCCUGCAAGGAGCUCUCGUUGGGGCUCUGGAGAGAAGAGUUUCCAGCUUCAGCAAAAUUUAUUUAAUCUUGUACCAAAGGAGGAAAAAUAUCUUGCAAAGAACUAAAAUGAUAAUGCAAAAGGAUGUAUAAAGGUAUUGCCACUGGGAAAACAAGAGAGAAAUAAGGAGGAGAGAAGAAACCACAAAGAAACAGAGGAGCAGCAUGGGGAACUUUUGCCGGAAAUACUGCCCUUGGAUGCAGCGGUGUGCCCCAUGGCUCUUCCAAGAGAGUGAUGGAGGACAGGGAGAGAGCUAUAAGACAGGGACGGGCCAAGAUAACCAGGGCUGGGAGGGAGAUGACUACCAGACAGACAAUACUUCUCAGAUAACAACAAAGAAAGUUGUGAGAGCUGGCACUGGAAGUCCUUUGCCUCCACCAUGUGAGCAGAAGCCCAAGAACCACUACAAGUUUGUGGCACUGUUUGAUUAUCAGGGCCGCACUAAGGAGGACCUGAGCUUCCGAGCCGGGGAUAAACUCGAGGUGCUAGAUGCAUCUCCUGAGGGUUGGUGGUAUGCUAGCCUCCUCCUGGACAGUGGAUCAACGUGGCCUGGACAGAAGCUCUGUGGCUACAUCCCUGCCAACUAUGUAGCUCCUGAUCAGAGCAUCGAGGCUGAACCAUGGUUUUUUGGACCAGUCACACGAGCAGAUGCAGAGAAACAACUGUUGUGCCCUGAAAAUCAGGCAGGAGCCUUCCUAAUCCGAGAAAGCGAAAGUCAAAAAGGCGAAUUCUCUCUUUCAGUCUUUGAUGGAGCAGUUGUGAAACACUACAGGAUCCGACAGGAGGCUGAAGAGGGCUUUUUUCUUAGCAAAAAGAAUAUUUUUAAAACACUGAUUGCUUUUGUUGACCACUACACCAAUAACAGCGAUGGCCUCUGUGUAAAGCUCGGGAAGCCCUGUAUAAAGAAAAAAGUUCCUGCUCCUUUCGAUUUGUCAUACAAAACUGCAGACCAGUGGGAGAUAGACCGAAAUUCUCUGAAACUGUUGAAAAAAUUAGGUUCUGGUCAAUUUGGUGAGGUGUGGGAAGGUCUCUGGAAUAAUACUACACCAGUGGCAAUCAAAACAUUAAAACCAGAUUCAAUGGAUCCAAAGGACUUCCUGAGGGAGGCACAAAUAAUGAAGCACCUUAGACACCCAAAGCUUAUACAGCUCUAUGCGGUUUGCACUUUAGAGGAUCCAGUUUAUAUUAUUACUGAGCUGAUGAGAUAUGGAAGUCUGCUAGAAUACCUCCAAAAUGAUGCAGGUUCACAGGUCCAUCUGCUUGAACAAAUAGACAUGGCAGCUCAGGUUGCCUCAGGAAUGGCUUACCUGGAAUCCCAGAACUAUAUCCACCGGGAUUUGGCGGCCAGGAAUGUCCUUGUGGGUGAACACAAUGUUUACAAAGUGGCAGAUUUUGGACUUGCAAGAGUUUUUAAGUUAGAAAAUGAAAAUGUAUAUGAAGCUAAACAUGAAACGAAACUCCCUGUGAAAUGGACAGCCCCUGAAGCAAUCCGCUCCAAUAAAUUCAGCAUUAAGUCUGAUGUGUGGUCAUUUGGAAUACUUCUCUUUGAAAUAAUCACCUAUGGGAAGAUGCCUUAUUCUGGUCUGAUGGGCUACCAAGUAAUCCAGAAGCUGGAUAAAGGAUACCGAAUCCCUCAACCAGAUAACUGCCCAAAUAAACUCUAUAACAUUAUGCUGGAGUGCUGGAGUGCAGAGCCCAAAGUACGGCCCACUUUUGAAACAUUGCACUGGAAACUGGAAGAUUAUGAUAUGGACUCUACAUGCUAUACUGAUGCAAAUGCUUUUGUAAAAUGAACAUUGAGGCAGAGACUGAAGAAAAUCAAACAAUCAGUUAAAUGAGUAUGGUAUAAAGGGUAAAUUUAACCUCAAAAUAUGAGGGAGAGAGGUUUAAAUUAUUAGAUGAAACUAAGGAAUUUUAUAAAUUGCCAAGGCUAUGGUGGUGCUCCAGGACACUAGAGAUUUUAAUGUCAGCCAUUGUCUUGCAAAAUUAGGAAAACUGAAAUGAGGGGGCUUUUUUGUUUGUUUGAUUUUUUUGUAAAAUAAGCUCUCUUCUAUUUAUUAUUUAAAUAAUAGACCAAAAGAAUGACCAGAUGAGAUUGUUGCUCAAUAAGCACUGUUGCAUUGCACUGUUUAUCUUCUAGAAUGGUUAUUUGUUAUUCCUUAGAUUGCUGAAGCCAAUCAGCUGGUUGCUAUGAAGGAAUCUGAUUACUUUGUUGCACAGCAGGACCUGUGCUUUGAGAUUUUUCUCUUCUUUUUAAAAAUAUCCUGUGACUAUAAUGCUGGCAAAGCCAUAUUAGGUGUCUUGAUUGUACAUGAAGUGCACAUGCCUUUGCUAAAGAGGAAAAUGAAACAGAUAUUGGGAAAAUAAUUAAAAUAGCAGCAAAACAUGAAGCUUUUUGCUUUGUAUACAUGUAGUGUCUCUCUUAUAAAAUAAUCACAAUCAGCAUUAGUUGACUAAGGCUAAGACUCAGAUAGCGUUACGAUGUUGAUGAUUUUUUAAAUUAUCCACUGAGGUGCAUAGGAACAUUUUAUAAUUCAUGAAUUUUAAGAAUCAUGAAGCUAGGGUGACCAGACAGAAAAUGUGAAAAAUCGGGACAGCGGGUGGGGGGUAAAGGAGCCUAUACAAGAAAAAGACCCCAAAAUUGGGACUGUCCCUAUAAAAUUGGAACAUCUGGUCACCCUACAUGAAGUUGAAAAGAUCUUUUAUAAUGAAAUAGACAUGGCCUUAAUAUUUUGGAGUGAUUCUGCAAAAUUCCCAACCUCAGCUGACGCAUUUGACAGCACUGUGCUUAGGACCAUACAUAGACUUUUGAGAAGGGUCAGCAAAAUGCUUCUUUCCCCCCUUCUCUCUGUUCCAAAUGUAUCUGAUUUAUUUUAUAUAGCAUAGGAUGACAUUAGGGCCAGCUUCCUCUGCUGCAGGAGAAGUAGAGCGUGGCUGAUUAUAUGCGGGUCUGAGCAUUGUUAGCAACAUUUAAAACAAUUUUUCCAAUUCUAAGUAAAUUAGCCAGGUGUAUGGCUUCUGCUAAAUCCCGAGACCUUGAAGGCUUUUGUGUGCAGCAUAAUUGUGAACUAUAUUUUCCCUUUCAUUUUCAAUUAUUGAAUUACAGAAUCCAUUGUAGUCUGUAAUGUUAAUACAACACAUACUAUGGGCUCAAAAUAGGUGUCUAACUACUUUCUCCCAAUAUCAGAUAUCAGGUGUCUCCAGGAAAAUCCUAAAAUAGAUAUAAAUAAAUGAAAAGAUUCACUAAGCUAAAGUUUGUAUGUUUCAUUGCUUAUUCUCUCUGCCAUUUCCUUGUUAUUUCCUUCUCCUUACACGUCAAGUCUAUUUACUCCAUUUCAGUACCCCACACUUUCCCCCCUCAUUUGUAAUCUAUUUUUAAUCUCCUCUUUGUCUCAUCUCUUCUUUUCUUGGAAAGCAGCAUCUUCUUCUUUUCCACAUACACCCCAUUCUCUGUUGUCCACCUAAAACUCCCUCCUUUAUUAUACAGUUUCUUCCCCACUUCCUCUUUUCUUUGUCCCUCUGUAGUCUUA